AUGACCACAGUCUCUGCAGAACUCGUGUACUUUGCUCCGCCCCUUGACGGGUCCCGCCCAUUCACCAACAUAAAUGCCGAUUCGACGACAGGCCUGCGUCCGCGUAAUUGGCAGCAAGAGGUGCAUACCGUCGAGAUUGAGAGCGUCAGGGGCAAAGAAAGUGACUACACCUUGGACACUGCAGGCUUUCAAUAUGUCACGAAACCCUCCAAACACAGUACUUUUAUCAAUGACGAAGAGAUUAGAAGAGAAUACUAUCCAGAGAGCAUUGAACUCCUCAAGGACAUCACGGGCGCGAGCAAAGUCAUCCUUUUUGACCACACGGUGAGACGCCACCGCCCUGGAGAUGCAGAAACGGACGAAAGUAAGCGUCAGCCUGUUAAUCAGGUUCAUGUAGACCAAACUCCUGAGUCGGCUACCGCUCGUGUGCAUCGCCAUCUACCUGCCGGCGAGGCGGAGAAGCUUGUCAAAAAGCGCUUCCAGAUUAUCAACCUUUGGCGACCCUAUCUCUCACCCUGCAAUCGACCAUCCAUUGGCGUUAAAGAUCUCGUUCCUGUCACACUGGUUUAUCCGGAUCGUGAGGGCGAGACUUUCGGGGUCAAAUUCAACCCGACACAUAGGUGGAAGUACGAAAGAGGGAUGAAACCGGACGAGGUAGUCUUGAUCAAAUGUUACGAUUCGGCUAAGGACGACAACAUUGCCAAAUUCACCCCACAUACUGGGUUCAAGGAUCCCUCUGCACCACAGGGAGUGCCUCUCAGGGAGUCUAUUGAGCUCAGGGCGCUAGUUUUCUAUGAGUAG